UGCUCAGAACGCCACUUGGGUCAGCACUGUAGCAACGUAGAUGCUGUUGCAAUGGUUGCCGGGAAAUACUGAAGCGGAGAGUCCGUGUGGCGAUUAAUCAGACGUUACCAGCUUUCCAAAAUAGCCAGAGUGGUUUUUCUAGGUUUUGUUAUUUUACAAGUUUAUAAGAAACAUAAUAUAACGCAAAAAUGACAGGAAGUGCAGGAGAGUGGUGUCUCAUGGAAAGCGACCCGGGGGUUUUCACAGAAUUGAUAAAGGGCUUUGGGUGCAAAGGAGCACAGGUUGAGGAGAUAUGGAGUAUGGAACCUGAAAACUUUGACAAGUUAAAACCGGUUCAUGGAUUAAUUUUCCUUUUCAAAUGGCAACCCGGGGAAGAGCCUGCAGGUUCUAUUGUUCAAGACUCAAGGCUUGACCAUAUCUUUUUUGCCAAGCAGGUCAUCAAUAAUGCAUGUGCUACACAAGCCAUUGUCAGUGUUUUGCUGAAUUGCUCACAUCCUGACAUGCUUCUUGGAGAGACAUUGACAGAGUUCAGAGAAUUCUCACAAAGUUUUGAUGCUGCUAUGAAAGGACUGGCCUUGAGCAACUCUGAAGUGAUUCGACAAGUCCAUAACAGCUUUGCCAGACAGCAGAUGUUUGAAUUUGAUGCGAAGUCAUCUGCCAAGGAUGAAGAUGCAUUUCACUUUGUGAGCUAUGUUCCAGUCAAUGGCAGGCUUUAUGAACUGGAUGGACUUCGUGAAGGACCAAUUGACCUCGGUGUCUGCAACCAGGAUGACUGGAUAAGUGCAGUUCGGCCCGUUAUUGAAAAAAGAAUACAGAAAUACAGUGAAGGAGAAAUCCGUUUCAACUUAAUGGCAAUUGUGUCUGACAGGAAGAUGAUUUAUGAGCGCAAAAUUGCCCAGUUACAGGCUCAGCUCACAGAAGAGGAACCAAUGGACACUGACCAAAGCAGCAACCUGCUCAGUUCAAUUCAGUCAGAAAUUGCCAAGUACCAACUCUUAAUUGAUGAAGAGAAUCAAAAACUGAAGCGAUAUAAAAUUGAAAACAUUAGAAGAAAACACAACUACCUGCCCUUCAUCAUGGAACUGUUAAAGACACUGGCUGAGUAUCAACAGUUGAUACCAUUAGUGGAAAAGGCAAAAGAAAAGCAAAGUGCCAAAAAAGUACAAGAAGCUAAGUGACCAUAUACUGUUCUCACGUUCAUCUGAAUGGCCAUGUUUAAACCUCACCAGUUUUCUGUAACCCUUGUGGGAGGCACAGGGACUUCAAAUGUAGACUGUCUUGCAUCUGUUAAUGAGUUGUAACAUGCAUGUAAGGAAAUGUUUAAAUAAACAUGUCUUAUUUUCAUGUAAAAA